CCCUUUGAGUUGUCCCGAUCCUGCUGCUUUGCUCCUGCUGCCUCGCUCUCUGCGCCCGGCCAACAAGAAGUACUCCAGACCCCGUCACCACCACCGUCACCGAUCCGGCUGUGUCUCGGAUUCACUUUCUGUCGUUUGCUCGGACCGUCGACCACCUCCCUUCCAGGAUCUGCUCUCGGAUCUGGCUCUUGCCUCGCCGGCGUCCCUUUCUUUCGGCUCUGUCUGCGUGCACUCGAUACUCGUCCAGACCAUUCGGCAUCAUGUCUCAAUUUGUCCAGCCGCCCUCCCAGUCGCACAUCAAGGCGAUCCACUCCAUCAACGAGGAUGUCCCGCCCAUCUAUGUCGAUCCCUCUCGCUUCCAGGGCACCUGCGACAGCGUUCAUGCUUACGGCAAGAUUGGCCGGAUCGGCGAAGGCACAUACGGCGUCGUCUACAAAGCCAGGCAUCUCAAGUCUGGCCAGAUCUGGGCACUCAAGAAGAUUCGGAUGGAGCUCGAGACCGACGGCCUACCCAUCAGCAGCAUCCGAGAGAUUGCCUUGCUGCGAUCGCUUCAUCAUGACAAUAUUGUCCGAGUCCACGAUGUCAUCGUUGGCACCGAGCUGGACAGCAUCUUCAUGGUCAUGGAGUUCUGUGAAUACGACAUGGCGCAUCUGAUGGACAACUUUAUCAACAUGGGCCCGUCUCCCGGGUACAAACCGGCACACGUGAAGUGCCUGAUGCUGCAGCUCUUGAAGGGCCUUGAGUACCUGCACAACAACUUUAUCAUCCACCGGGAUCUCAAGCUUUCAAACCUGCUCUUGACCUCCACAGGCAUCCUCAAGAUCGCGGAUUUUGGUCUCGCUCGAAAGAUUGGAUAUCCAAGCCACCCUAUGACCCCCAAGGUUGUGACGCUGUGGUAUCGGGCACCUGAACUUUUGUACGGCGACAAGAACUACACGACGGCCGUAGACAUGUGGUCAAUCGGAUGCAUUUUUGGCGAGCUCCUUAAAUCCUCCCCUCUGCUGCCGGGCAAAGUCGAGCUGGAGCAGAUAUCGCUCAUCUACAAGUUCCUGGGGCCUCCGAGCCUGCAAGAUUGGCCCGAAUUGGCCGACCUGCCGUACUACGACACGUUCAAGCCGACAGCCCAGCAGAGCAGCACCAGCCAAAACAUCCAGCGCAACAGCGCCCGUCACCAUUUCCCCAAUGCCACCCAGUCCGAACUGGACCUGCUCUUUUGGUUCCUGACCUUCCGGCCCUCGCGGCGAGUCCGUGUGUCCCAGGCCCUGAAGCAUACGUACUUUAAAGAGUAUCCACAGCCAUGCGCGCCGUAUCUUCUCCCAAUGCCACAUCUCAAGGAGCAGUCGUAUGCAUCGGAGCCUCUACCACCGCAGCCACCACCGCCGCCAGUCACCUCUGCGGCGACCCGAAGAAACGGCCAUGUCUAUCCGAGUGCAAGUGGAAGUGCAGCCGAUCCAACGAACGGCAACCGAGUCCCCCGCGCGAUAGGUGUCCACCACGGCGACGGCAACACGGCCACGGCCUCGACACCAUCCCAAGCCGUGGCAACCUUGCACUCGGGCGUUCUCAAGCGUGCCUCGAUCAAGAUUGGCACGGGGGCGGGUCUGGGCCUGAGCCUGGGCUUGGGCGGGCGCCAAGGCAACGUCCAUGCCUUUGAUCUGGACCCGGCUGGCCAGUCGACAUCGAAGCGCACCUCAACAGCAGCAGCGGCGGCGGUGCUACUGGUACAUGGUCUUGACGACACCACCGCUAUCUCCGGCACCAACACCACCAAUUCGCUGACGAAUGGGACAACGAGUCUGCAAUCCGCAUCCAAGGUCGCCAAACUGGGAGCGAACGCAAACGGCGGAAUCGGCGCUUUGCUCCUGCGGAGCUCGGGUGACCACCCACCCGACAUGGCGGAGCGCAAGCGGCGUGAGUACGAUGUGGAUUACGACGACUAUUUGCCACUCGGCGCGCCGGCAUUCAAGCAGUUCCGAAUGUCAUGAGCAAAUGGGCAAAUGGGCAAAGAAGCGAAGGGGCGAAGGGUCGAGAGGCGGGACCGUUGCUAUCCAGCCGCGAGGGAGGCCCUUCCACUCGUGGAUGGUUCACCGCCCACCCGAUGGCCAUCAGCGCGGCUGGCCUCAAUAGACUCGCUCUCUGCCAUCGGAUCAUCGCCAGUGGCUCCAAUCGAGUGUUUGCACGAGAAAUGGGAAACGUGUGCAGAAUCGCAGGUGUGCUGACACAGAAUCGAGUGUCUUGGAUUGCCCGGCCCCCCCCCCAACUCACAGAGCAAAGUGCCAUGGACUGAACAUGAAA